UCUUGGACGACCUUCCGCUUCUUUCCGGUCUGCUCGAGUCCAGAUUCGACAUCUGCAAUCCACCAAGACGACCGCCGAGGACUGAAAACCUGUUUGAUCGAUCGCAACAAAUGCUAACAAUCAAUGGCAGUGGCAUCACCCACCUCGUCAAUGUCGCAUUGGCUCUGGUCAACCCAGUCUCUGACGACCAAGACGUCGCGCUCCCAGCAGCCUGGAAGCUGGAUUCAGGCGCCGUCGAUGCAGCAGCAUUGGCAAACCUGACAAGAGACGUCACCCCAAUUCCUUGCCAUUCGCACAAUGAUUAUUGGCGAAUGGUCCCGCUGUACGACGCUCUUCGAUAUGGCUGCACUGGCGUCGAGGCCGACGUCUGGCUAUUCGAUAAUGAACUCUUCGUCGGUCACGACACGAACGCCCUUAGUGACGACCGCACGUUCCGUUCCAUGUACGUGGAUCGCCUUGUGGAGCUCUUGGACCAGCAGAACCAGCAGAACCGCUUCACUACUCGAGACCCGGAAACCAAGGUAGUCAACGGCAUCUUCCAGACCGCACCCGCGCAACCCGUGGUCCUGCUUGUCGACUUCAAGAACGACGGCCGUGCGAUUUACCCAGUUGUAUUAUCCCAGCUCGCUGCCCUCCGCGAGAAGAACUAUCUUACCUAUUACGACGGCACGACCCUGCACCAAGGACCCAUUACCGUGGUCGCGACCGGCAACGCCCCCUUCGAUCUCAUUAGUGCCGAAUCGACCCGUCGCGACAUCUUCUUCGACGCUCCUUUGGACAGGAUGUACGAAGACCCCAAGGCGCCGCUCGAACUGCCCCCUGCACCCACGACCACCACCUUGACCCGCGGUCACUCGAAUGCCGCCCUCCGCAUCCGCGAUGGCCAAGGCACCGUCGGCACCUCCCCCGACUCGAACUUCACAUCCGAGAACUCGUACUACGCAUCCGUCUCCUUCGCAUCCACGGUUGGCACCCUCUGGUUCGGUCACAUCUCCCCGGCCCAGCUCGACCUCAUCCGCGGCCAGAUCCGCGGCGCCAAACGCCGAGGCCUCAAAGUCCGGUACUGGGCCACCCCUAAAUGGCCCAUCUCGCUCCGCAACCGCGUCUGGCAGGUCCUCAUCGAGGAGGGCGCGGACUACCUAAACGGAGACGACCUCAAGGGUCUUACGCGGGUCGAUUGGGCCGCCAAGAGACACCACUGGUGGCUUGGUGGUUGAAAGCUCGGGUCGUGCUCUUCAACUAGUUAUUCUCUUUUCUCUUCUUUAGAUGUAUUUGGUAGCAUCACGGCAUGGUGUUUUACGGAGUUUGGAUCUGUUCCAAGACAGGAACAUUGCAUGGAUUGCAUGUACGAUGGAUGU